CGGACGCACGUCGGGAUUGAGGUGGUCGCUUCCCACCAUGGCUCACGUGCUGAAGGCGGCGGCGGCGGCGGCGGCGGCGGCGGCUUGGAGCGGGGGAGGGCUUUUUUCCAGACUUCAAAGUCCAGUUCCAACCGUAAGAGCUUUUUCUACAUCCCAGCCCUCGCAUCAAGUGGCAGAGCCUGUGUGGAACCUGGGUCGACUCAAUCACGUGGCCGUGGCAGUGCCAGACUUGGCGAAGGCUCAGGCAUUUUAUAAGAAUGUUCUGGGGGCCCAAGUCAGUGAGGCGGUCCCCCUUCCUGAGCAUGGAGUGUCUGUCGUCUUCGUCAACCUGGGAAAUACCAAGAUAGAACUGCUUCAUCCACUAGGAAGUGACAGUCCGAUCGCAGGUUUUCUGCAGAAAAACAAGGCUGGCGGAAUGCAUCACGUCUGCAUUGAGGUGGAUAAUAUAAAUGCAGCUGUGAUGGAUUUGAAAGAAAAGAAGAUCCGUAGUCUAAGUGACGAGGCCAAAAUAGGAGCACACGGAAAACCGGUGAUUUUUCUCCAUCCUAAAGACUGUGGUGGAGUCCUCGUGGAGCUGGAGCAAGCUUGAUUCAUGUUCGCAAGAAACUAUGUUCAUUGACCUGAAAAAGCUGUAUCAAAAUGAACUUUGGCAUUGAGUCUUCCACUGCUACCAUUUAAAAGUUCAAAGAUGAAAACGAAGUUACAGAGAUUCACAAAAUUAUAUAUAUGUGUGUGUAUGUAUACAUACAUAUAUAUUUAUUAAUUACUUUGGGGUUUUUCCUGAUUUGGAGAAAAUUUUGAUUACUAUUUUUAAAAUCACAUUCAUAGAAAUAAAUGAUUCCUGUUCCAAAAUGA